AAAGUUUUAACUGCGUCACGAUGACGUCACAUCGGCAGGAGAAAAAAUCGAGAACAGCUGAACGAAACCAGCGAGGAAAGCUCUACUUCUACUCUUACGAGCUCAUGGAGACUGAUUUUAAAGUUAUAUUAGAUUGAGCCUUAGCCUGUGAGUUCAGUUAAAACAUUAACCACUGGCUCAGAGAGUUUUUAAAUCGAACUUAUUCAACCUUAUUACAGCAUCUGGUAGCUAGGCUAACUUAGCAAACUAACCGGCAAACUGUCUUCACGGUCAGUUUGCCGGUGGGAAACCGUGUUGAAGGUGAUCUGUAGGUGUUAAUGAUUAGUGAAACAGAUGAGUGCGCAGUGAAUAAAAGGAAGGAGGAGGAAGUCACAGAAACGGCGUGAAGGUUUACAUCAAGCUAGCGGGUGCGUUAUUACUAGGGCUAGCUAGCAGCAGUGUCAGGUAACUCGGCUGCUUCGGGAUCACCUCCAGAGAUGGAUAACAAUCCUGCUGCAGGGUCUAACUGCACGACUAACGGAGGAAACAUCCUGCGUAGAGUGCCCGACUCCGGCCGCUCAUGUCGCUACCAGUCCGAGUCCGAGUCGGAUAUGCACCCGUCCGUGAAGAGCUUAGCUCGGCUGUGCAGCAGGGACGAAGAGGAGCGAGCAGCGGCUCUGGAGGAGCUGAGCCAAGGUGUGAUGAUGUGUUUAGGAAUAGACCAGUCCUGCUCAACACGACUGAACAGACAAACACUUCUGCAUCUGCUUCGGCUUUCCCGAUCGUGUCCGCUGCAGAAGGUACGAGGGAAAGCAACCGAGCUGCUGCGGACCGCACAGGAACACGGAGUUGACGUCCCUCGGGCUCUGGCCUCAGGUCCAAGUGCUUUCAUCAAUGCCAAAGAGAUGUUAAAAGAAGGGCCAGAUCAGGACAUCCUCAUUGAAUCUUUUCUUUCAUCCGGUCGCGUGGACCAUAUCACCAUGGUGAUGGCUCUGCACCCUGCUUACCUCAGCUGCGUCCUCAAGACCCAGCAUGCUUUGUUGGAGCUGGAUGGCCCCUUGCCUCGUCACUGGAGACAUUAUAUUGCUGUUAUGGCUGCGGCUCGACAUCACUGCUCAUACCUGGUGCAGCAGCACAGCACGGGCUUCCUUGAGGCCGGAGGAGAGGAGAGCUGGCUGGGUGACCUGAAGCACGCUCCAACCAAACUCCGCAGCCUGCAGACACUCAACAAGCUGCUGGCACACAGACCCUGGCUCAUCACACAGCAGCACAUCCAGGAGCUGGUGUGUCCUGGAGCAGAUCCUCGCUGGUCAUUGGCUGAACUCAUCCAUGCUGUGGUCCUGAUGGCACACGCUCAUUCGCUCUGCUCGUUUGUGUGGGGCUGCGGCUUAAACCCUGAACCUGACCACAUCGGAGGAUACACCUUCCAACCUCCGUCACCUGGGCACCUUCCCCGAAGCCCUCAUAGCCCUGCUCAUGAGGAUGGAAGGCAAGAGCUGGUUGACGGAACGAUGGAGGUGGAGGUGUUGAUGAAGAGGAUGGUGGAGCUGCAGCAGCAGCAGGAAGAGGAGGAAUGCACGCAGGAGGAGAUGGUUACUCGCUUUGAGAGGGAGAGGAGCGAGAGUAUACCAACUGCGGUGGUGCGGGGAGCACCACCUGAUCUGGUGCUCCAUCUGGUUGAGGAUCCAGAGUUCAGAUACGAGGACUUUGCUCCCAGAGGAGAGCAGGCACCUCCCACCAUGAGAGCACAGGACUACUCAUGGGAGGACCAUGGCUACUCUCUGGUCAACAGACUGCUGCCAGACAUGGGUCAGCUUCUGGAUGAAAAAUUCCAGGUAGUCAGCAACUUGACCUACCACAGGAUGGCCAUGCACGAAGGUGUUGACACUCACACUCUGAGAAAAGCUCUGUGGAACUACAUCCACUGUCUAUAUGGGAUCCGCUACGAUGAUUAUGACUACGGCAGUGUGAAUGUGUUGCUGGAACGCUCUCUGAAGGUGUUUGUUAAAACAUUGGCCUGUCACCCCGAGCAGACCACUGCUCGCAUUUACCGCGCCUUCUGGAGACACUUCAGACACUCUGAAAAGGUUCAUGCAAACCUAAUAGUGAUGGAAGCCCGCCUACAAGCAGCCCUUCUUUACACCUUACGAGCCAUCACUCACUACAUGAGAUGAUGCACUCACUCCCACACACUUUUUGCAGAUGCUGAGCCAGCUGUGAUGUACCACAGCCCAAUGCAUAACACAUUGAUAGACAAUCUUGCACACGCACAAACAUUGGUGCGCACACACACACACACACACACACACAUACACACACACACACACUACAGUGAAUGUAUAUAUGCAUAUCUUAUGUGUCAGUGUUAAUGUUUUUUUGAUGCUGCUUUGCGCCUGGAUAUCUGAGGUUUAGAAUUUGUUACUUAUUAUGCACUGAAGUUUACCAGGUUCUGUUUCGCCACUUGAGCCUCAACUGUCUGAAUAUCUAUAUAUUGCACAUCAUACACCACUUACAGACAUCUCUACUUGCUACGCGUCGGGUAUGCUGGCGAAAGUAGGCCUGGAUAAAUAACUCAUUAUGAUUAAAGUGUUUUCUUUGCAGAUUAUAGCUGUUUUCCACACCAUGACUUCCCAAGCCUCAGACUCUGUGUCUGCAGCACAUCGACUGAGAUUUAAAAAAAAAAAAAGCAAAAUAACUUGUAUUUUUAUAUACAAUAAAAGUUACUUUGUUAUCGAAAUCAAAA